UCCGACGUGGUGGCGGAAGGGCACCAAAAAGCUGUUUGCCAACCGCCAUUAAAAUAUAUAAUAAUAAGAAGAAAAUAAAUCUUCUCCACCGACACGCAAUUUCCAUCCUAUCCAUCAAGCGAUUGAAGUUUCUUAAAUUCAACUGGUCUGUACAAUAAGUACAAAACCCAGCCUGUGGAGGUUAGUGUUACACUUCCCAGUGUACGGUCUGCCUUAAUUUAAUUCGAAGAAGAAGAAUACUGUCCUCCGCAAUAACCAUCCGCUGUCGUCGAGGGAUAUUUUGCGACGUUUAAAACUAAAGAUUGUCUGCGUUGAAAGAUUGAAAAUGCCGUGUGGGAGAAGCUUCAGACGGAGAAGGGAUUCAUCAGACUCAGAGGAAGAUGAGACAGCCAAAGAAGUCAGAUCAAAAGUUGAAGAGGCAAAAGAGCUCCAGGGUUUGCGAAAACGACAAACUGGAGUCAGUGUAACAGCCCUAUUGGUUGGAGACAUGCUGCCGCCAGAAGAUGACAUUGAUAAUGACCCCUUUAAGCUGAAGACUGGAGGGGUUGUGGACAUGAAGAAAGUCAAAGACAGGAAUAGGGACAUGACAGAAGAGGAGACAGACCUCAACCUGGGCACAUCCUUCUCUGCAGAAACGAACAGAAGAGACGAGGAUGCAGAUAUGAUGAAAUAUAUUGAGACAGAGCUGAAAAAGAAGAAGGGGUUGGUGGAAGCUGAGGAACAGAGGGUUAAGGUGAAAAAUGCAGAGGAUCACCUGUAUGAGCUGCCUGAGAACAUCCGCGUCAAUUCUGCCAAGAAAACAGAGGAGAUGUUAUCCAAUCAGAUGCUGAGUGGGAUCCCUGAAGUCGAUCUUGGCAUUGACGCAAAGAUAAAGAACAUAAUAUCAACAGAAGAAGCAAAGGCAAAGCUUCUGGCAGAACAAAGGAACAAGAAAAAAGACAACGGGACAUCUUUUGUGCCCACCAACAUUGCUGUCAAUUACGUCCAACACAAUCGCUUCUAUCAUGAGGACAGCAACGCACCGCAGAGGCACCACAGACACAGAGAGGAGCCAAAAGCAAGGCCGCUGCGUGUAGGAGACACAGAGAAACCAGGACCAGAGGCAACAUCACCGCCAAAUUACCGCAAACGUCCAAACAAUGAAAAGGCCACCGAUGAUUACCAUUAUGAGAAGUUCAAGAAGAUGAACCGCCGAUAUUGAGGAGCUCAAAGAAAGAAAUACCCUGACUGUUUGACCAUUUUUAAAAACAAUUAUGGGGCCAUGAAGAUAGCUUGUUGACAGUUUUUCUCGACAGAUAUCAAAUGACUCCCAGACAGGACAGGGUUGAACUUUGUAAAUACUUUAACUAUUGCCCUUUGGUCUUCUGAAUACAGUACAUGUUCCUUUUUCAUGUUUUAUGUAAGACGGUAAUGAGGCUCAACGCUGUCUGAUGACUGAUUGUCAGAUGAGUCAAAGUAGUUUGUGUAAUCCUUCUUUUUUUUCCCAGUUCAAUCUUAACAUUUUGUGGAAUAAUUAUGUUUUAGAGUCAUCAGGAAUUAAAACAUGAAACCACA